UUUCAUUGAGUUGCCAGGAAGAUGCACAUUUAUAAACUUUUAAGCAGACGGAAGGCAGAGUAGUGAAGGAAGAUGCUACAAACCAAUGCCAGAAAGACUAGCAUUUCAAGUCCCAGGUAGCAAAGAUCUAUCUUAACUAGGAGGGAUGGAGAUCAAUAUGAUCACAGUAUUCUGGAUGACUGCAAGCUGUGUUGUGGCUGCCUUGAUUACUUUUGCCACGAUGUACUACUGGAGACCUUCCUUAGUAGUCAAGUUCCUGAUAUGGUCCGCGAGUAAAUUUAUUCGUGCGGAGAUCAAAUAUGUUGAGCAAGACGGCUACAAGUUCUGUUACCUCAGCCAUGGAAAGCCAGGAUCCCAGCCAUCUAUCUUGAUGUUUCACGGGUUCUCACUUGAUAAAAACAUGUGGUUGCCUAUAAUGAAAUAUAUUCCAAAGAAGGUGCACGUGGUCUGUGUGGACCUGCCUGGACAUGGAGGAACAACUCGCUUGCCAGGAGAGAGCUACACAGCAGUUGAGCAGGCUAAGCGGAUGCACCAGUUUGUUGAGUGCACUGGUCUGAACAGAAGGCCUUUCCACCUGGUCGGCACUUCCUUGGGCGGAAUGGUUGCUGGGGUUUAUGCUGCUCUUUAUCCAUCAGAUGUCUACUGUUUGUCCCUCCUUUGUCCAGCAGGUCUAAGGUAUCCAACAGAUAAUGACUUUGUGAAGCACUUGAGGGAGCUGGAGAAAAGCAAGAACUAUAAUGACAACCCUCUCGCUCCUGUGACUAUAAAACAGUCAGAAGAAACGCUCAAACUUCUUUUCCACCGUGUCCCACUGAAGCCAACCAAACAGAUCGUGCAGGGACUUAUUGAUGAUCGGAAACCACACAUUCCAUUUUUCAUUAAAUGCUUUUUAGAUUUUACCAGUGUGGAGUCCAGGUACAGCCUUCAGGACCAUCUAAGCAGGAUAAUAGCUCCAACACAAGUUAUCUGGGGAGAAAACGAUAAGAUGCUUGAUCCAGCUGGUGGAAAAAUUUUUGCCAGUGCCAUGCCUAGCUGCCAAGUGCAUAUGCUGGAUAGAUGUGGGCAUUUUAUUGUAUUGGAGAGACCAAGGAAAUCAGCAAAGCUGAUCUUCGAAUUCCAUGCUUCAGUUUGUGGCAUACAGAAGAAUAAAUAGGAAGAGUCUUCAUUCAGGAGUAAAACAACUGGAGUAUUCAACGUUUUUUUCCUCUCUCACUACUCCGGAAAGAAAAAUGUAGAGGUGUCGUGAUGGAGUGAAGUGAUUGUCAUCCCAUAUUUGGAAGCUGGUUCUUAAAAGAUGGUUCUUAAAACAUUUUCCCCACUCCACCCUAAGCUAAAUUUGCCAUUUUAAUCUUUGCAUUUCUGUACCUCUAAGUAAGCAUAAGCUGAAAUAAUGAACUGGGGUUUUGAAACCAUUCAGAGGAUAACAUUUUUGAACAGGACAAAGUCAUUUCAACCAAACAAUAUUUAGAACAAUCUUUUUCAGUUUUAAAACUGAAUUGCAGAACUUCGUGAAAGCUGUUAACAGUGAAUGUUGACAUUUGAAUGUCCACGGGUUUCUUCCCUGUCUUGUAGAAGCAAUCAGCCUUUCCGUUUCCCCCUCAAACUAUUAAGCAAGCCUGCCAAAUUUCUAGCUGUCUCCAGCAUUUAGUGUGUGCUCCUUUACAAGGACUAUUCUUAAUGCCAUGAUGUAAUGUAUGUUUCUAUGUGACAGUUUUGGCCUUCAAUUUGCCACUUCCUCACUGUUCCUUCAUUAAAGAUGGCCCCUCUGGCAUCAGCAAAA